AAUCUGCAGGAGACAUAGCAAUCGCAGCAUCACAUCAGCCUGCCUAGGGACUUUGAAUUCGCAAUGGUUUUGCAGUGGUGGAAACCUUUUCGCAGUUUGGCUUGCUCCCUUACGGCGUCGCGAUUUCUUUUCCAUAUUCAAACUGGACGGGGGAAAUUGACUUCUUCAAGCCAACGCCUGUAUUUUGGAACGAAGGGUAAGCAAAAUGUUUACAAGCCAAGCAGAAAUCUAGUCUCAAUCUCAAGCUUUAGCUUUUAAAGUCUUUUUAGGAGUUUAAUAAUUGCACUGUUGGGUUGAACUUUUGUGGAAAAUCACCAGAUUUCAUCCUACGUGGAAUCUUGUUUUCCAAAUUACUUGCCGUACAACAGUCACUUUUUCCUGUGUUUUACUUUCAUUUCAAUGGUUGUGUAAGGUGUACAUGUGAUUGCGUAAUACAACUACGUAUUAAACGAUAAAUGUGGGAGCAUUUACAUUUAUUCGUUCAAGAAAGUCAUCCUUUAUACGCCUUCACUCAUUCGUUACAAAUUCUAGUGAUUAUUAACUUAAAAUUACUAGGCAUAGAUCCUGUCAGUUGUGGUAGGGACCGGUGGAGCGUUGCGUGACAUCCCAAGGAUAACAUCGACACAUUUUCGACUGGUUGAAAAUAAUCGUACAUUUAGGUGUUCCGUUCACAUGGUUCCACCGUAAGUGUACGAAAAUUUAGAUGCCUAGCCGUUCAAACAUUUGAAAGCCAAAAUCGAGGUCAAAUUUUUAGCCUGUAUGAUCUAUAAUUUUAUGUGAACACCGUGUAACCGUCUAAAUCUAAAUCUUUGUACAGCAUGGCUGCAUGGAUGCGUGGUUAAAAAAUUAAAACACAUGUGGGAGGUGCCUUUUGGAUUUGCUAUUAUUUAAAAGUAGCCCGACUGUACAUGGGCAGAUAGUAGCAUGAUAGUACAACCACUGAAAAAAGUUUCAAAUUCCGCCUGGUUUAUCAGUUCUCUGUCAGGGUAUUAGAUGCAGAAGGGUACUGAAUAUUGAAUUUUAUCGGGCAUCAAAAUCAUGAGAAUCCUCUAUUGACACUAGAACAGCGAUUAGAACUCAUGCAAAAAAAGAGUGAAUUCUGCUGGCUUGACAGCCCUACUUUGCCCCAUGUAAGAUAAUCCGGAUACUAGAAUCCGGGAAAUAUUUGCUUGUUGAAUACAGAAUCCUGGGCUUGGAAUCCGGAAUACAACUCAAGGAAUCCAGAAUCCCACUAACCAUUAAUUGGAAUUCGGAAUCCUUGAAGUUCCAUUACGUGACAAGGAUUAAUCCACAGUGUAGAGUCCAGAAUCCAAGGCUAUCUUGGGUUCCCUUACACUGGGAUGACCUACAAAUAUGGUAAAGAUCUUUCUGCAAAUAUUUUAUGCAAAAAUGUAAAGUUAAGUCACUCUUAUCACACAAUCCAUCAUGAGAUCAAUCAAUCAAUCAAUCAAUCAAUCAAUCAAUUUAUCAAUGUAAUGGCAUGGGAAAGGGUUGUCCUGAGUGUCUGAGCCCUUGCAGAGGCCCAUGUAUAAAAUGUAUGACAGAAAUUAGUAAAAAAGGUUACAUAUGUGUAGAGCAAUAAUUAACAGGGGUGGAUCUAGGGGGAGGGUGCAGGGGGUGCGCACCCUCCCCCCCCCGGGAUGACCUGCGGUUUUCUAACACAACUAGCGGUAUUCUGCAAAAAAAAAACUAUGUGGUUUAUUGGUGUUGAAGUAGAGCAAGGGACGAGUGCACCCCCUCCUAAAAAAAAUCCUGGAUCCGCCCCUGAUUAAUAUAUCAGGGAAAGUAAAAAAAAGAAGUUCUACAAGUAACACAGUACCCUCCUGCACACUCCUGUAAAUAUUACGGGUUGAUGAUUUUUUGGUUGACUGUUGACGAAGUUUUGGUCAACAGACAGUGUAGCAGCUUACUCUAUUUAACUGAAGUCAAUUUUGAAUACUCAACCAACAGACUGUUAAUUACACUCAGCUGAUAUCGGUCAAGAUCUUUUGAAUGUUUAAUUUUGUAGCAAAAGAUUGGAAGGUGAAGUAAUCCGAUGAGAGACUUCUUUAAGUAGUGACUGUGUUGUGUUUUUGCACAACAUUGCCGCUGAUUUCUUACCAUGGGGCCUGGGUACAAGACCAUGUAUUAUGGAAUUAUCAACAUAAGAUGGCAGUAAUUAGCAUGCAAUUUGUGGUUAUAGACUCACAUAGUCAAAAAGAGCAGUGUGAGCUUAUAUACCUGCCAACUAUUUCUGAGUCAAAUGCGUAAGCUUUUCGUCUUGUCAUGACUGGAAUUUCCGAACAUUCCCGACGAUUUUCUGAAGACUUCCGAACAUCGCUGAAAAUGUCCAAAGAUGUUCCGAAAACUUUUUCAAUGACGACAUUUUAGUUUGUUGUGAUAAAGUUAAGCGCCUUUUUGGAUUAUUUUCGGGAAUAUUGAAUUUAAUUUUCCUUAUUAUACAUGUGUUAAAGAACAAUUCAUCUGGAUUUGUAAGUCAGGCAUGAGAAAUUGUCUUUGAUGCAUGAGAUUGAUGUCUGUAGUCUGCAGGUGUGACACUCAGGCGCCAUGAUCAAUUUUUAUGAUUAAGAUUUUGUAAUUUCUAUGGCAUGUUUUCAAUUCUGGAUUUUAACUUUUUCAAUACAUUGCUUGACAUGAUGGUCACCUUUGUUGACGUUUGAAAUGGCAGUAGUUAAAAGGGGAUUAGUCAGGAUAGGCUAAAAGAAUGUAAUCAACGCAACUGCUAAGUGUUUUCUUUUGAUUAAGUUGGCCAUCUGUCGAUAUUUAACUUUGAAACGAACCCUACAGCUUUUUUUGGUGUUUGACUUUGUGAGAAAUCAGUUGCCAACUCAUGAGAGCGUGAGAUAGGUGGUGAAAUAGUAAGACUCACAACAAAGUCGUGCAGAUGUGGCAAGUUUGUGGUCUGCUCUUUCUGCCUAUCUGGGUCUUCUGUUGAUAAUUGUAUAAUACAUGAACUUGCAUCUUUUCCCCCAGGGUAUGAAAACAUGCAGUGUGUUUUUUAUAGCUCUCUAAGGGUGAUGAAUAGAAAAAAAAGGAGUGCAGUUUCUGCUUUCAGUAUAAGGGUUUUGUUUAAAUUCCGUAUUUUAAUGCUUUACGAUCACGAUGUUAUAGAAUUACAACAAAAACUGAACAUAAGUUCAACACGCUUCCCUGGUCUUCCUACACUCGUAACCGAGCACGCAAGUCACAUGGUAUUGUGGGAUGUCCAAUUCAAUACAUAAAACUUCUGGUUAACUCAAACAUCCGGUUUUAAUACACUACAGGUUUGGCUCAGCAGAAGUUAAGGUCGGGUUGGACAUGGGACAAAAAAGGGAAUCUUCUCAAAUAACUUUACUUAUCUAAUAAUUAACUACUGUUUGCUAUUGCAUUUAGCAGGUUUAAGAAAAUGGAGUCCUUUAACAUGGUAUAAUGAAAUGCUGGAAAAGCAUCCCAUCAGGACUAAGUGUAUUACCUCAGGAGGUAUUGAAACUGGUUUGAUUUUGUUGUGUUAGUGGCAGAAACAUUAUUACCCAAUGUAUUUGUGUUGUUAAAUGUAUCAUUUGAAUACAUGCAAGUGGUUUUGUUCUGUUUAACGUUUAUCUGUUUUUCUUCUCUGCAGUAUUAUUUGCGAUGGGAGAUUUCAUAGCACAGAAAACUGCUGCUGGUAAAAAUAGUAGCUUGGAUGAUAAGGUAUUGUUAUACUUGAUAACAUUCUCUUUGCUAACUAUUUAAUAAUGUUGGGAAAAUCUGUUGUUUUUUUUCUUUCAUAAAAAAUUAAUGCGAGGUGUUUAUGUAGAGGUGUGGGAUGCAUUGUGCAAAUAUAUAUUAAUCAGUGUGCAAAGAAAGUGUCUAAUAGCCUGCACUGGGGCCAGUGGAUUUUGCUAUCGGGCUAGUCAAUCCUGUUCUUAACUUGCCUGAAGGGCAAGUGAUGUUUUUUUAGCAAUUCGAAUAAAGAAAGAACUGUGAAAUCAAUUCUGUUUGUCAAAAAGCUUUCAGGGCUAGUUGAUAUGACAGUUGAGUUGGCUUCAGCUUGCCUGAAUGGUAAGCUGUAAAAAUGAUUUUCUUUGCACCCUUUUAAUGCUGUAGUUAUGUACAUGACAGUUCUCCCAUCUUCUAAUCAUUUACUAACCACUAUAUGGGAUACAUAAUUUACUUGUAUGAUCCCCUUUUCAUGAGAGUGCCACACAUAGGGAUAAGUGUAGUGCAACCUAUCAUCAUCUGCACUGUACUGGUUGGGUUUUGUAUAAAGACGAAUACAGUUGUCAUUGAUAAACUAAACAAACAAAAUGAGAGAAAGAUUAACUCAAUAGUCCAGUUUCAUUACUGAAUCUAAAAUAUUUUAAAAUACAUUCCUCUCCCAGAUGAGCUAUACAUAAAAAAGUGAAAUAAACGCCACGGUUCUUUUUUGAGUCAGUAUAAUGUUGGGUAAAGUAUAGAACUAGUUAUAGAACUAGUUUGAUACCAUGAAAAAUCAAAUGGUAAAUUAAAGCUACUCUUGUUUCUCAAUUCGAGGUGAGGUCUAGGCUUAAUUUAAAGGUAGUCACUUGGAUUAUUAGUUUUUGAGGGGAAGACUGGGUGAUAUGAUUUUAAUUCUGGGGGGCUGGGGUGGGGUAUAUUUUACUGAUGUUACCAGACCUUUUCAAAAUUAACGUCAUAAUUUGCUAAUCACGAGUAACGAUGAAUAUAUAUUAUUUUGCCCAACAGCGACUGUUAAGAGCGAUCAUAUAUGGAUCGGGUACUGCUCCACUCGCUCAUGUCCAUUUUAACUUUCUGGAAUGGCUAGUUGUAAAGAAGGUAGGAAAUAGACUUAAGCGGUGAAAGUACCUAGUUUUCUGGAAAAAUACACUUGUGAGCUUAAAACAGCCAAAGCUCCAAUUAAAAUGAUAAAUCGGUUGGGAAAAAAGCAGAGCAUUUUCGAUUAACCCAUACAUUCACACUAACAGCCCGCGCGGUCCCUGGUAUCACUUGUGACGUCGUUAGUUUGAACAGACCUAGCAGUGCGCCAAAAUCUAUGUCCAAUCGUCCGGGACAGGUAGAAAUUUAGCUCGGACAUGUAAACCUUUGAAAUGACUUCUCCGUUGGACAAGCACAUUUUUAAUUAGAAAAGAUACGUAGAAUUUCGGCAGAAUUACUUCUGCUAAAUGAGAACUUUACAUCUUAAAAGAUGUAAAGUUCUCAUUUCCAGGCUCAAAAUUCGAGUUGAUAUUAAAUGGCGGAAUCACAAGAAGUCGAAAAAUAACAGUCUUCAUUGUUAGUUUUUCCUUCAAAGCAACCGAGAAGAGAAAAAGUCUUGGAUGCUAGCAAAGAGUUAAGUGAAUCAAGAGAAGAUCAUUAAAUGCCCGAGUUUCGAGCAAAACCUUUUGGACAAGAACUUUAGGGUUUCAGACAACCAAAAUUGAUGUAGUGCUUGUCCGAAGGACAAGUGGAUAAGAAAAUUAAAUUAAAGGAUGCAUUGUCUUCGAAUAUUGCUUCCCCGUUCUCCCUGUUUCAUAAAGACAAACGAACCGGUUGUACAAAGGUUCAAAGGUACUUUCAGCAAAUUUCAGGUUUUCUGCCUAACACUUCACUAAAGAUAAUUCUUUUUUCGAACCCCCUUUUCUUUUUUUUUUUUGGGGGGGGGGGGGGGGGCAACUGCGCUCUUGCCCUUCCUCUGGUUACGGCUAUGCAUGUAUUCCGGAUUUCCCUCUCACCAAGCUAAACAAAAGUAGAGCUUGAUCUAAGGUUACCUAGUGCUCGACCAAAAGCGUUUGUGGCAGUUUUAGUCUUGCUCUCGUGGCGGAGUCGGUUUAUUUUCUUGGAUAGUUUUUAUAGAGCGCGCGAGGGAAAUAUACUUUUUUUUGCCAGAUAGUGAUCAAAAACGCUGGUUAUUAACAUGCCAGAUACAAGGAUCUUGAAACUCAACAGUUUUAUGGCUCGUCAAAGGACGAAACGAACGGUAUAACCAUUUGUGAAAUAAUUGUUCCCAAGACAACGAAAUACACUCUUUUUAUAGGAAACUUUAUUGUAAGAUCAGUCUGAAAUUUUCCAAAAAAUUUUAAGUUAAUAGAAGGUGCUAAGAACAUACACGAGGCUCAGAAAAAAACAAUUUAUUUUUCACUGCCUUUACUUUUCUUAAUUUAAGAAAAACUGAAUUGUCAGAUUUCCGUCACUGAAAUUCAAGAACAUGCGUAAGAACAUUUCCAGGCUGAAACUGCCCAGAAAAAAAGAACGGUUCAGGCUUAACUCGAAAAAUGGACGUUCUUAUAAAAAAGAGUGUAUACCAGGAAGAAAAACGGGUGUCAGUUAAAGGCGAUGUCGGGGCCGGGAUCUGGGUCUAUCUGUUUUAAGGUUAGGGUUAAAGUUAGGCUUGACACUAACCCUAACCCUAAAUAACCCUAAUCUGACCCUAAUCCUAACCUUAAAACAAUAUUCUUAAAAAAAAAGGUAGACCCCUACCCUGGCCCCGACCCCGCGUUUUACUGACAGUAGACACCCAAGAAAAACACUGUUUACUGGGAUUUUUUCCCACGAAUGUUAAGUUAAGGUAUCACGACAUUAGUUACUCGGUAUUUAAAGGUUUUAAUUAAUUUUUUAAAAUUAAUUCUAUCUACGAAAUGACCGCCCGCCACUGCUAAAUUCAUAAGGACGAUCAGAGAUAGCAGGUGUAAAAUGGGUGGUACUAAUUGAUAUUUAUUGCCAUCUGAAAAGUAAACGGCAGGUGAACAAAACCAAAAGUAAAAGUUGUAAAGCUUGAGUGUCGUGUUCUGAUGUAUGCUAACUAAGCUUUUUUUUUCCACUUCCUCGCUUAAAGUUUUGUAAUCCAAAUCACCCUUAUCGUUUGCUUGGAAUUCCAGUGAUAAACCAGUGAAGGACUUUUUGAUGGUGUCUUUCGAAGAUGCGUAUAUCAUUUUGUCUCCAAUCUUUGCAUUUUCGUCACACCUAAAGCGAAAAAGGGAAAUGAGAUGAAACGGGCUGGCUCGGCUCAUGCCUUGUUUCCUUAUAAAAUUGUUGCUGUGUCGUAUGAGAAGGUUGGCUGCCCCGUUUGCCGAGAUCGUGGUUGCUUGAAGGAAGAUCUCACCAAGCGGGCCAGCCAGCCUUCUCAUAUAAACACAACCACAAUUUUCUAAGAAAACAAGGCAUGAGCCGACCCAGCAUGGUAAAGCAGGCCAUGCUGCAUAAACAGUGCCUUAGUAGAAAUGAGAACCAGGUAGAAGGGUCUACUCCAUCAUACAAACUAAAGCUAAAGAGAUGUACCCAACAUCUUUUUGAUUUAAUAAUCUCUUCAUGAGUGCAUACAUCAAUUCAGGGAGCAAGGGUGUCGCCGUGGUGAGAGCAGUGGUGAGAGCACUCGCCUCCCACGAAUGUGGCCCAGGCUUCAAGUCCCGGCGUCGACGCCAUAUGUGGGUUGGCUUUGUUUUUGGUUCUCUCCUUUGCACGGAGAGUUUUUUUUUCGGGUUUUCCGGUAUUUUUUCCCCCUCCAACAAUCUAUUUUUCACUGGGUCAUAAACGGAGUCAGAAGAAAAUAGAAAUAUUCUGAUUCUUCUGACUUCAAUUCUGCAGCCUGCGUGGUAAGUGUUCGAAAGGGAAUCGGAAGGGAAUUUUAGGGACAGGGGGGCGGAAGGGGAAGGCCUACUAGGGCGUCAUUAUUGUCGUCGCCAUCCCGCCUACUUAUUGUGUAUGCAAAAAUAACGCAACUGUGAGCGUCUCACCAUCUGUUACUGCAACCAUCUAUUACUGCUGGUUAAGGUAUUCAUUAUUUUUACAUUUCUCUGGUGGAUGUGAAAAAUGAAAAAGACCAGAAAAUCCCGUUCCCCUUUCCUUUCAAAGGUUAGCAUUAGGUAACAUCGGCUGAAGUCAGAUUGUUUCUUUCGGUAAAAUUACAUGAAGAACAACUUAAGUCCAACUUUAGUGUGUAAUAUAAAACGAAAUAGAAAAAAUCCACUGUAAUGCUUUGAACCCGGGUCACUUGCUUUAUAGGCUACAUCCAUAUCCACCACACCAUCGAGGACUAGCUGCCAAAUCUAAUAAUUUUUAAAAUAUAAUGUUCUUAGUGCUUAACCCUAAUCACUGCAGACCAGUGCUUAACUCUCUACUGUGUUGUCUCCAUAACUGGAGCUCUGUAGUUUUGGUUUCUUCAGCUUUUCUAGCCUCAUUCUACAUUCCAGUCUCGUUCCAUUAUGGAAAUAAUGCGUUGUGUAAAAUUCAUAAGGUGUCCAAUCUGGCUUCACUCGAUGUUAUCUAACGCUAACCCCUUUCAAACGCCACGCAGACUACCAAUAGCCCAUGUUCGAUAUAUUAAAAUUCUAACAUGACUCCGAGGCUUUCUGGUCAUUUUUCUAUAUUUGGUUUUAUUUUCUUUGUGCUCAAGUCGCCUCUGGGAAUUGCGAGACAACGGAUUCGUGAAAAUUUGGAAUUUUGACCCUAAAGCCUCGGAGUCAUCUCAGAAUUUUAAAAUAUCGAAUGUGGGCUAUUCUGCAGACUUGCCACAAGUCGACUGCGUGAGCGCCGAAGGCGCGAGGGACGCUGGCGAAGCCAGCAAAAGCGAGCGACGAAUUACUCUGUUGCAGUUAUAACUCCGCUUACGACUCAAAGCUUUGAUUUUCACUAGGUUAAUAAAAUAAAAUGCUCUUACAACUCUGACUCUGUCGAACAAGUAAAAUCCGGCCUAAAAUGUCUUGAGACUAAAGGAAAAUUUUAUGCCCCGGUCACGAAUUAAAAAUGCAGAGACAAACUCACUCACCAAUAGAUGAAUGCCAACUUAUUAACUUUCCGGUCAUCCUUCAUCAUAAUUCCAAAAUCAUACAAAAUAUAUGGUAGCUCUUUGCUGAGUUGCUCCUUCAUUUUUAAACGGUGCUUCAUCUUCUUCUUUUGCUUGUGUUAUGCAUGGAUCACCACGCACGUCAGCAACAAUUUUCUCCUUUCCUUCAAUUUUAAAAAAUGCAAACUUGUGUGUGCUUCUCAACCUCAUAUCAUUAAACAAACCGUUUAUUUCAGCAUCGACUUGUAUCCCUGACAUAGACUGUAUCAAGAGAACAAGUAAUCUAAAAAACCUUAUUAAGGGCAAAGCCUCUCAACUCUGGGUAUCUUCUUGUAGCGCCCAGAUUCAAUAGGUAGCAAGUGGAAGAAAUUCGCAUCCCUUGCACCCUCCCCCUAGAUCCGCCCCUGUGUAAAUAAUAAGAUGAAGAGAGACGUCCGAGUUCUCCCUUCACAGCAUGGUUACUUGCUUUAGAGUGAACCCCUAAGGCCAUUUUGCAUACCUUGUUAUGCAUAUUGUCGAGAUUAGGCGACCCUAUAUUAAUAAUAAAAAAGGACGCCGACCGAGAUUAGCGAAACUACAUAAAAGGUUAAUAGGUGGUUUUCAUGCAUCCCCGGGAGACACAAUUAACAAUGGUGAAAUGAACAAAUGCUGGUGGACAAACAAAGCGAGCUAAUGAGCGAUCUUUUGUUUACCGUCCACCAGCAUGGCGGCGAUUGACGAGUAGGCAAACACGUGAGAAAUUACAGUGUUUGUAUGUCUAUUGAGAAUCUAAUGUCAAAUAAUUUCCUUAAAAUGGUUGUUCUGAAAUAAAUAUUGAUUGUAGACUAAAGCUACAAAGCAAAGGAUUGUCCUAAAAAAAAUUUGGGGGAGUACCUGGGCUUGAAUUUCUCCAGAGGCUUGCUUUAGAUUUUUCAUAUUUUUGUCUGUAAUUUUCCCGGGACUUGCUUACAGACAAAUGUAUAGAAAAUGUUAAAAAGUGGUUCUAGGUCAUCUAUUUCAUGUAACGCCCUCAAAUUUUUCCAGGAGAAUCCUUAGGAGUGAAGCUUUAGUUUACAAAUCAUAUUUAGAUUUAGUGUCCAUUGUCCGUAUUAGAGAGAGUCCGUAUUACGAAGUUUUUUUUUUUUAAAGAAAAUAUAUAUGAGAAUUUUAUCGGGACAGUGGAAACUGUCCGUAUUAGAGAGGUAUCGGUACCGAGAGGUAUUGUUCUUUUUUGAAACGGCAACACUAAACAACAAAACGAAAUCAAGGGCUCCUGUGAACCAGCUCAUGGAUGAAUUCGAUAAGUGUAGAAAAGACAGUUCAAUAAGUCAACAAGACCCUCAUAAUAGGAGUACAUUGGUUUGUCGGCGUACCUGACAAUUUGUGAGACGGAGUCAGGGCUGUGUAUUACUAACUUCUACCAAUGAACAAAAAUAGGCAAGUUAUCCUUUUGAAACAAGAAACGAUGACGUGACUAGUUUGGUCUAACCUGGUCAACGUUUGGCGUUUUAAAAUGCUGUUAAAAAGCAGUGAAGCAAACUAUUAAGUUUUAGUUUUGUUUCUGUCUGGUAUUGCAUUAUUAGCUGCUAUAUGACAGUCAACAAUUUUAGCAAUAAUUUGCACUUUUAAUUUUCAAUAGCUGCUCCCGGCUUAUUGUUGAUUCAAGAUUUCCAUAUGUUUCCUCGUUGCUAGAUUUUUUCUAGUUUUCGUAAGGCUGUCGGAAUUAGAGCUUUAGCCAAAACGCUUGAAAAACGUAAGUUUUUUACCAGGUCGAUGGUGAGACAUUAAGAUUUGAUCCUAAUUGUUCGCUUCGAUAAUAAACAUGCUCGUUUCCGUAUAUCUCUGGCACGUCUGAUCCAUUACUCGCUCAUUUUUGGACACCACCACACUUGGGAAGAUUUUCUUGUUCUGCAAAACUUGUGCAUCAAAGUUCAUCGUUGGCCGCAACCUUUUUCACAGAGUCCUUCUCUCUUCCUCCCUCGAGGAUUAGAAAGGGCCCUUGGAACGAAGUUUCGUUGACUGUUAAAUCCAAUGACCAAGAGACUAUAAAGGGGACAGAGAGGGCAUCCCCCAUAUACACCCUAUUCCAUAGGUAAUUCGUCUCGAGUUAUUUUUAACACCACAGAUCUCAAGGGGGAUUAGACAACAACCAAUCACAUAGCGCGAAUGUGUUCCGCGUGGAUGACCCACGCUGAGAGCCACGCGUCUUUCUCGAAAUGACGCAGAACAAAAUGGGGGAAGACGCGGAGAGCGAUUUUGCUAUUCCUUUUGUCGACGAAAACGACUACAGCGAGAUUUCUGCAAAAGCUGUUUCAGCGAAAGCGAAAUUAAAAAAGAAUCGCCCUUCCUCUCUUGUGUAGAGCUAACAGUAGAGCAGGGAAAUCCUUAACACACUGAAUAUUCUCUCAGGAUCAUUUAUAAUUUACAGUUUGAAGAGAGCAAACCUUCCUAAAGCUGAAUUUCAAGGGACCAUAUUCAAGCUCAGAAAGAGAAAUAAAAUUUCGUCGUUGCUUAUUUACGUCCUCCAUAAAACGCGAAAUUAGGCACGUCGUAGUCGUGCAAAAACGGAAAGAAAUGAACAAAAAAGUGUAUUGCACGUGCGAAGUUGUUGUUUUGCUAAUUAAACCUAUUGUUUUUUUGACGUUCUAGUUGUCGUCCGCGUCGUUGGAUCUUAAACUCCCUAAAUUGUACAAACGACCGGUUUCAAUAGACCGGCGAAAUUUCUCAUUUUAUUAAAGCACUGAGGUUACGACAACUUCGAGUUAAACUGAUUUCACGGUUGUCAAAGAGUCCAGCGAUUCCUUUUUCCCAGCUGAGCGCCGACUCAUUUCGCUUCAAUAUUCAGGAAUGCUCUCGAUCUUUUUACGCUUUCAUUGCCUCUCGCCCGACAUGUUUUGCACGGCGUUUGGUCAUGCGAAACCUCCACGAAACAUCCACGCCUCGCGCGAGGUAACUUUAUGCCGAUUCUAAAAAUAACUCGAGACGAAUUACCUAUGGAAUAGGGUGUAUAUGGGGGAUGCCCUCUCUGUCCCCUUUAUAGUCUCUUGAAUGACGUCAUAUCUUGUACGAGGGCUGCGGCUUCCAAUGCAAUAAGGGGUUGAGGGCGUUUCAGGAGUGAAUAGUGCUGUAUAUGGUGUUAAGCUGACAUUGCUAAGAACAUUUUAUCAGAUAUGUAUUCAGUCUUCUGAGAACAAUGAGGCUGAAGUCUAAAGUCUUGAUUUUCUCUUUUUAAAAUAGUAUAUAUAAUAUAUAUAACUUCAUUGUAAACUUUGUAUUUGAGGCAUUUCCUUUUUCUUAUCUUUAAGAUUGCUUUUCGUGCUUCCUUCGUCCCGUUUGUCAAGAUGUUUAUUGACCAGUUUGGCUACUGGGCACCGUGUAUAACUGCUGUUUAUCAUGUCAGGUAAGGUACAACCAAAUGAUCUGCAAGGGGUAUUCGCUUUUAGUAAUCAACAAAACUAUACUCAUCUCACUCUCUUCUCCCCAGAGACCUAUUUUUGUCGUGAGGAGGUUGGGGAGAGGAAGAAAAGUGAGUGCGCGGAGGAUGAUGGGAAGGUGAACGAGAUGAACAUAGGCUACAUCCAGUCUUCCUCGCAAAUCCGGCGCCAUGUUGAAAUGCCUUACAGAGCAGAGCGGUCAGCGUUAGAUCCCAUCGGCCUUAACCCUUUGGUCACCUUAUGAAGUUUACAAAAUGUAGUAUUCUUUAUUGCUUCUACACUACACUUAGAUGAAAUUCUGCUCAGCAAAUGUUCAUCAAAGGGUAUGUCUCUUAAAUUUUUAAGGAAAAAAUCAUUCCGAAGAGCGUGAGUGGUUAUCGAACUCGGAGUGUAGGUUCUGCAGGCCAUCACCUUACCACUAGGCCACGGAGGUGAUUUGAUUUGAACUUAUAUAGCAACACUCCUAACCCUAGAUAGAAGCUAACCGUUUCGAGUCAGUGCUUAACCCAAAACACUAUUUUCAGGGCUUAACCCUAAUCACCCUAGUCAGUGCUUAACCCCAAUCACUACUUUCAGUGCUUAACCCUAAUCAGUAUUGCUUAAUCCUAACUACUACAGCCGAAGCGAUAAGGAAUCCUAGGUUGUGUAAACCUCAUGAGGUGUCCGAGGUGGUUUAAGCCGAUGGGAGACAAUGCUAAUCGAGCGGAGCAGAGGCUCCCUCGUUUUCGACGUUUUAAAAUCGACACUCACAUGUACAUCAUUAAGGACUGCUAUUACAAUGUUAAACCGUGUUUAGUGUUGUUAACUAUUUAGGUUCUAAACGCGUUUAGCUUUGGAGUGUAUUGUAGGGGUUAUUAUGUGGAGGUGCUGAAAUGAUCCGCAUUAAAUAAAGUUCCGAAUAUUGCCAGGUUAUUAAUAGUUGUUCUCUAUUACUCGCUGUAUAUGCCCUAGCCUGUGUUACGUAGCAUGACCAAGCCUCGUUUAAAACGUCUUGUGUAAAGUAGAACUGUAGGAUCUUCAGUCAUUUUUUUAAAAACGCGAGUGGAAUAAUGAGCGCCCAGAGCGUUCUCCCGCGCCUUAAGGUUUUUUUCUCUCUUCCUUUUCAAACGGCAACCACACAGAUUUUGUUUGCGCCAAUACUAAAAAUUGUCAGAGAGAUAAUAAAUUAUCGGAAAAAAUUGAUAAUAAUAAUGAUAAAUACAUUAUCGAAAAAAAAAUGAUUGAUUACUGCGGGAAUUCUUUUUCAGUAUGGGUGUUAUGGAAGGCCUUACUUAUAAUGAAACUAUGGACAGACUCAAGACACUUUACUGGCCAACACUAAAGGCAUGCUGGAUGAUAUGGCCCGCAGUCAUGGUAAGUAAAAUAAGCGUCAAAAUUACCGGGCCUGGGCCCGGUUGCAUAAAACGCCCGUAACAGUUACGGGUAUACGUACGUGUACUCGUAACUUAAGUGAGUUGCAUUAAAUCAUUUACGUGAUCCACUUAGGGGUUUCACUUAAGUGGCUGCACUUACGAUUUUCGUAAGUAUCCACUUAAGUGUCAUUUAUGCAACAGAAAUUGCGGGUGUUGCAUAAAACCUUUUUUACGGGAAAAUCAGCACUUAAAUUUACGGGACCUAUGUAGGUCCCGUAUCCUUACUGUUUUUACUAAAGUUAACGAGAUCUUUUACCGAGAAGUGAAAAAAAUUGUUUUUUCUUUACGUAAUUCCGUUCUUAUGCGCUUUGUUAACCUCUGAUGUACAAUUUAAAGCCGUCGUUAAGAAAAGAGAAGAACAACAAACAUUUCCAGUGGAUAUUGAAGUAAAAUAACGAUUUCAUGUAAACUUUAUUUGAAUGAGAGGCUUAAAAGGUGUUCGAAACGACUUAACAUUUUCUUUACACUCAGCGAUGGUUAACUUAAUUUUAAAAAAUAGAGUGAGUCAAAUUAAUAGUUAAAAGUACUAUAACAAAGUUACGUGUGCCCUUAAGUGAGCCCGUAAGUUACCACGUAAAACAGAAACUUACGAGAGUGCUAAGUGUGUUCCAUGCAACACCCGUAAGUGUACCCAUAACGGAUUCUUAAGUGACCUACUUAAGUGGGCAUUUAAGUGCAGGUUUUAUGCAACCGGGCCCUGGGUUGUAAUUCGCCAUUUCUAGUUUGCGCACGAGACUUGGUCGUUGUUUUGUCGAAUUGUAUUUUGGAACUGUUUUGAGGCAUCCACCGCUUCGUCCAUAAUAGAUAGGAGAAGUGUGACCUCACGUUAGCAUGGUAACAAAAUUUCUGGAUCACAACAGUAGGGACCUUAAGCAACGACGACGGCGACGGCAACAAGAACGGCAAAACAAGCAAUAGGUUUACAUUAUCAAAACAACAACUUUGCACUUGCAUCACACUUUUUUGUACAUUUCUUAGCCGUCGUUGCACGACUGCGACAUGAAACCUUCUAAUUUCACGCACCGGCUUAAAGGAGGACGUGAACACACAGCACAACAAUUUCCUUUUUCUUUUUCUAAACUUAGAUGCGGUCCUUUCGGAUUUAACCCCAGAAAAUUUCCCCAACAUUUGACAAAUAAAUGAAACUGAAUAAGAUCGAUGAAGUUUGAAACAGUGCAACUUCACUUUUUGAGUGACGUUUUCGGUUUGGUGUCAUCCAGAAAUUUUGCUACCAUGGCAACGUAACGUAACAAAUUCUCCUCUCUAUUGGCUAACACGAUUAUAAUUUUGUCCCCAAAACAGUUCCAUAGUCCAUUCAAUAUCACUGACAUCAAUCCAUUCUUAAUAAGCGCAGUCUCCAAAUGAUGCAUAGUAAACUGUACUAAAUUUUACGAUUUCGAGAGCCAUUGUAGCUCUAAGAGUCUAUGUACGAUCGCCUGUACGACUUUGUUGGACGGCAGUUGUAUCGCCAAGAGUUACUAGUUGUGUGAAGCUGUGCGCAAAGUGAUAAUACCUUGCAAAUUGUUGUUUUCGGUGAACCAAGGAACGUGUAAAAUGUUGAUGACGGGCAUUGACGGCAGUUUUGUUCUCGUUAUUCCAUUUUCAUUGGGGAACGCUGGAGAUUUAUUUCCGAAAGCAAUUAAAAAAGAGGUCAUUUCUGGAUUUUUGAUUUUUUUGUUUGUUUGUUUGUUUCAACCCGUCGACAAAAUGAUCUUGGGAGCGCGUGCUUUAAAGGUAUAAGAGCCUGAAGCGCAAAAGGCAGCAUCGCCUUGAAGGUAACCAUGACAACCAAGCGAGUGCAAACCACCCAGCACCGUCACACAUAAAAAUUUCAGUGGAAUAAUUACCACAACCCAUACUUACCUAUCCGAGGGGGAGGAGUGGGAGCAGAAACCAGCAGUGAAAUAUCUUAAGCCGUGAAUCAAAACGAUCCGCAAAGAUCAGCAAAGCAAAGCAGGCAAAGCUGAGUCAUGCAAUCACAUGUAAGCCCCUACAGACUGUUAAGCAAACUCGGGGGCCACCCCGUACAAGCUCGCCUGCCUGGGGCUCAAGCGCUGACCCAUUAGUGAUGUCUCGAGGUUAAUCUUCAAUCGGCCCACUCUAACUCUCUCUAACCAGUUCUGAUCGUUUAAUCUGCAAAGGGUAUAUACACCUAUUUCAAUUAAGGUUGCUUCUGAGAAGAAAGACGCAUGAUCCAUGUUUCAUAGCCCGCGGUGCAUUAUUGUAGCAAGUCUAGUCAAUUAUGUACCCGCAACGAACCUAGAAUUAACCUAGAAAGUAAACGCUGCUAACGUUAACGCUUCUAUGCUAUGUCAGUAAAACGUUAAGACAAGGUAUUUCAAAACACUGAAUCCUAGGUUUUUUAAUGUAAGACAGUGAUUAGAGGUUAGGUUUUUCUCUGCGGUAAUAUCCAAAUGCUGCAAAUUUUCAACGAGUUUGCUUGACUCGUGCACGUGGGAAUUUUGGAUGGAGUUGAAAAAAAUCUAAUUCAAGGCGUUUGUCCAACAACAAUAAAUAACUAACACUACGUGUCUAUCUAUUUUUGAGGCAAUUAUUUUAAAACUGAGCAAAAAAAAAAAAGAAUAGAAUGGAUUUGCUUUAUUAAAAUAACCAGCAUUUUGGGCUGAACGCAGCUUAGUCAGGCGGUAAAACACGCUCUAAUUUUUUGCCAUGAGAUUUUAAAAAUUAAAUUUUUCAGCUCGCUCAUGCUGAAGAGUUUUAGCAGCCAUUUGACUUGAAAGCUGUCUUGAACACCUUUUCACAAAUGGUCUCCAUUAUUUCAAGAAACGUGAACAAGACUAAGUUUCCCACUACAAAAUUGGUUUACCAUAGUGCACUGCAGGCUAUGAAACAUGGUUCACGGGAACAACCUUAAUUGAAAUAGGUGUAUAUCCCAUCACGGCAGAUGUGCAAAUGUGCAUGUGGUUAUGUUAAAAUAUAAUCAUCGUGUCAGUGUUAAGUAAAAAAAGUUCCUGGGUUAGCGUUUUUAAAGAUGGCACAUGACGGCCAUUUUCAAAGCCUCCACUGACUGCUUUUCAAUGACACUGUUUGGUAAAGAGUUCCAAUCUCUGAUUGUACGUGCAAUAAAACUGUGUUGGUAUUUGUUUGUUUUGGCACUAACUUGUAUGAAUUCUUAGGGUGGAAUUGCCUAGUACCCUGUCGAAUUUUAAAUAAUAUAUAGGGUGAAAAUUGUAUAGCUGAUAGACCAGAAACGACUUUAAACAUUAUUGUGAGUCGUGCGACUUUCCUUCCUUUCUCGAGCGUUUGGCCAUUUCAAAUCAUUCAGAAUUUUCGUGACAGUUCCAGGAGUAGUAUUCAUUUUUAACAAAAAGUACCACUCGUCUCUGCACAUUCUCGAUGUCCUUUAUCUGUUUUUGAAUGUGUGUGUCCCAUGCGCAACAUCCACAUUCAAGGUGUGGUCUAAAUAAAGCAAUAUAGGCUUGCUCUUUUUCGAUUUGACACUUCGCCCCAUUAAGGGGCUUUGUGACGUUUUACUGACUUCCAAAGGGUAAAUGAAAGCUUUUCCUCCCCAAUUCCCUUCAUGCAAUGUUGUGCCACUGUUCGAGCUUUCUAUAGAGUGGUUUCACUCACGUGGCCAGCAUCUAUGCAAGUUUAUUGCAACCAAAGAAAGCGUUUGCAUAAGAAAAGAGUAUUGGUUUGGGACACCAACAUGGGCGCCGUUUCAUUGUUUUGGUACACCAAUAUGGCUGCCGUGACGUCAUGUGAAAACACUCUAUAUAAAACAACAAACACUAUUUUUGAAUGAAGGGGAGGGGAAGGGGUGUGGAUUCUUUUGUUCCCUGUAGUUACUCUAUUUGAGUGCAAUGUCUCAACAAUUUUGUCGCCGAUUUUUGCCUACAUUACAAUACACCACGUUUGAUAUUGACCACUCCAGAAAAAAACCAUAACAUACCAUAAUGCUCUUUGUUUGUCACCCCCAAAAUUUUACAUAAGCAUUGUCUUCAGUUUCUCUUGGGAGUUAAAAUGGCACGAAGAGAAACUGAAAACAAUGGUUAUGCAAAAUUUUGGGGUGACAAACAAAGAGCAUUAUGGUAUGUUAUGGUUUUUUUCUGGAGUGAUCAAGACUCCCAGUCUUUAGGGACAAAAUUGCACAUUUUCCACGACUCCAUUGUCUCGCAAUUCCCUGAAAAGACUUGAGCACAAACUACACGAAAUGUAGAAAUAUAACCAGAAAGCCUCCGAGUCAUGUUAGAAUUUUAACAUAUUGAACGUGCCCUAUUUAGCCACAUUAAAUUUGGGAAAUACUUAAUAGUCAUUUCCAGGUUUUCCUCACUCAUCUUUUUCUAAUUGUCUCUGCAGAUUGUUAAUUUUAGGUUCAUACCAGUUGCUCACCAGCUUAACUUUUGUCUGGCUGUCAGUUUGGUUUGGGCAACAAUUUUGAGUGUCAUACGAGCCUCUGAAGCAAGCCAUGUAAAGGAAAUUGAAUCUAUAGACGCCAUAUCUAUAACAAACUACUCUGUAGAAGCCACUCAGCAGUGACCAUGGAGCGAUGGUCCUUGAAGGAAGAAGGGAAAAAAAAUCCGUUGCGCAAAUUUUUGCGGCAGUCAUCAGUUGUCCCACUCCUACUGUUUCGCUGCUGGCUCUCUGAGGAUGAGGCUAGCCAUGCUCCAAUUCAUUGUGCCACCUUAUGAAGCCAACUGGGCGGCGUGCGUUUUUGAGAAAGUAGCCUGCGAAGGAGACGCUUAAAAGUAGGAGGUAGUGGGUGCAAACGCGCCAGUUCUUUCUUGUGCCCGCUACUUCCAAGCGCCUGCUACGCAGGCUAGCGAGCAAGAGAAUUUUAUUGUAAAUAAGACAGAU